UUUUCAAAUAAUCAAAAUAUAAAUAAAUUAUGUCUUGAAUACUAAUCACUGUACUUGGCAAACCCAUUAGUCAAACCCCUUGACAUUGUCGUCGUAUCCGCGUAUCCGCUCUAGCUGCCAAAUUAUCGGCUAUAAAAGCCACCGACCAGCGUGAUUAACGCCAGACGAUAAAGUACCUCCCGUCCGUUUCUACCGGCUUGGGAUCCAGUUCCAUCUAGCCAGUUUCCAAGGGCCACACUCACUGUUGAGAUCACCACGAUGUUCGACUCAAAGAUUAGGGUGCCCAAGUACGACUCGGAGGCGUUCGACAAUGUUGAAUACGAGCUGCAGAUGACGUACACUCUGGAGACGGAUCGGCGGAUCAUGAGCUUCUACGACGCCAUGUGGGGCAUGGAGGUGUCCGGCGGAAUCGAUCAGUUCGAGCCGCUGACCAUCGUCAAUGUGUCCCCCACUGGGCUGGCAAAGAGGGGAGGGAUGCGGGUGGGCGACGAGAUCACCCAGAUCAACGAUAUGCCAGCUCUGGAGAUGACCUUCAACGAGGCCCUGCAAAUGUUCCGGAAGAACUCGCGUUAUGUUCGCGUCUAUGUGAGGGGCGACGAUGAUGCUCCUGGCGAGGAGGACUGGACCUGUGAUUGCUGGUUCAAGCCCAGGAAGCCCUGGCGACGCGAUUUCACACCCAUUCAGUGGACCUUCCCCUGGAACGAUCGUCGGAAGCCCGUCUACAAGGAGUCCAACUGCUUCAUGGUGCCCAGCAAAAUGGAGGAGAAGAUUCGGGCAAGGCGUGCCGCCACCUCGGCUGUCCACAAGAAGGAGGAACUGGCUCCGCACACACGCUCCCUGACCCCGACUCCCAGGCCCAAGAAUCAGCCUGGCCCGAAUCUUCUCGAGACUGUGCUCAGGCCCCGUGGCCCACCGCCAAGGGAUUAGGCCAGCGAUCUGAUCCGUUAGAUGAAGCUGGCCAAGUUACAAGAAGUUGCAGGCAGCGCUGAAUCCGCUGCAGUGCAUCAGGACCUUUGAGGUAUGACCACUUAAAGGGUGGCAGACUGCAAAAUAAUCAGUUGAAGUGCCUUACAAAAGCUGCCAAGUGAUUUUGAAGAAUGUUCUGCUGAGAACAGUGUCACAAUCCUGACCAGAAAAAAAAAGCUGGCAGUCAUCUGUAAAAACCGUUCAAAUGCUUAAAGCCGAGGCUUUGAAAUGUAUUUCAGUUCAAAAGAAACGAAUUUACAUCCUGGAGUUGGUGUGAUAGCUCGAAGAUUAUUCCAUAAAGAUACUGUCGAGUUUUAACUAGCUACUAACUAAAUAUUUUUUAUACCAAGUAAAUAAUAAAUAAUUCUGUUUAUAGA